CAUACUGUAAAAACAAAAUUUCAUAAUUCAACACCAGGAAGAUGAUGUAGGAAGUGUUUUACUAAAAUUACAAUUCAUUCGUUUCAUAAAUUGUUCAUGCGUAGAUGGAUAAAGAAUAAACGGAGGAUUAAAGCUUUAAAGGACACAAUGAAACCAAGGAACUGUGUGUAUAAUCACUUUAUUCCGCUUGUUUAUUUGCUACUUGAAACAUAUGGAUUGAUUGGGAUCCAAAUGGACGAUGAUUGUUCGCUGGAGAAUUCGAUGGUCGUAUGUGAAAAUAAAAUACCUCGUGUCGUACCUCGUAAAAUAUCAGGCAUUAUGAUCAGGGACUACUUAAGUGAUACUAUCGUAAAUGGCACGUUUGCACAUGCCAGUUGGUCCUCUGUAGAUUUCCUAGAUAUCACUGUCAACCAAGAUGUAGGGUUUCGGCUACAUGAUUAUAAGUUUUUCUCACUAAAGACUUUAUCACAUCUUGGCGUACAUGCGCCAUUAUACCAGUUCAACAACAAUACAAAGGUUUUUGGAGGACUAUCACUGUUACACACAUUGGACUUAUCGUUUUGUCGUUAUCUCGAUGCAUCAGCCAUUGUUGAAUUGCUCUCUACAGUUAAAGACCUAGAUACUUUGCUUCUGGAUCAAAUAGCUACAGCUGGUGAUCGAUUGUUUUUAAUUGAUAAUGCAUUUAUAAAAGCAGUCCGUGAAAAGAAAAUACACAAGCUUAGCUUGAGUGGAUGCAAUUUAUUAGUUAAGGAUCUGUCGUAUGUGCCUAAUAUGUCUAUGGAUUUGUAUGAUUUAGACAUUUCUAAUACGUCAGUUAUAGCACAGAGCACUUUUUUUCUUAAUGAGUCUGCCAUCGAAAAUUUAUUUCCGAAAAUCAAGGUUUUAGAUGUGUCUCUACUACAGACAAGAUUUUUGGAUUUCGACUAUGGUUCAAUAAAUAAUAUCAGUUUUGACAAUAAUUGUACUGACACGAACAGUUUCUUGAUAUUGAUAUUGAGGCUAGAAAAUCUUACGCUAAACAGUAUAUUGUCCAAACCAUUCAGGGCAAACAAUUCAUUUAUUGAUUUAUCAAAAUGCAAUGUCAAUUUAAGGUCACUACAUGUAAGGUCAAAUCACUUACAUUACUUAAACUCAUCUAUCCUAUGGCCCGAGGAUAUAUAUUUAUCUGAUAUCGACAUGUCAUCAAAUGGCAUUGAAUAUCUAUCUCCCACGUUUUUAUAUUCUGUAACAUCACUAGAAAUAUUAAACCUUUCAAACAAUGAAUUGCAUCAUAUGCAAUAUUUUAAAGAGUUUAGUCAUUUGUUCAUGAACCAUACAAUUUUACGACAAUUGGUUCUUUCUAGAAACCGUUUAAGAUUUCUUCCUUUCACGAUUUUUUCUCACAACACCAACUUAAUUAUUUUAGAUUUGUCAUAUAACAAAUUAACUUCUAUCAGUUUCAAAUUAAAACAUUUAAUAAAAUUGCAGUUUCUGAACUUGAGAAACAAUGAUAUAUAUUAUAUUGAUGGUGUUGAAUUGAACACAUUAAAGGCAUUUGUAACAGAUUUCUCUAAGCAUCGAAAAAUAUAUCUUGGGAAUAAUCCGUUCAUUUGCAAUUGUAAAUCUAUAAGUUUUAUCAAAUGGUUACUCGUGUACAUGACAAAUACAUUCAAUCAAAGCCUGACUUGUUCUUUGAAUGAUAACGAUGUUGUUGUCAUUUAUGAGGCUGUGAUCAAAGAGACGGAAUUUUCUUGCAUUCGGUCAAAAAUAAUCAUAGCUUCAGUUUCAACAGUUGCGUCAAUAAUAAUUUUUGUUUCAAUUGGGAUUGGUUUUAUGUACUACAAGAAGAGGAAGCAGAAAAGAAAGAGACAAAGGAACAAUUUUAUUGAGGAUUUCAAACUUGGUAAUAUUCUGGAAAAAUAUUUGUGUUUUGUAUCUUAUUCUAGCGACGACAAUGAAGCAGACGUCAUGCAUGUUUGCAAUUUAUUAAAAGAGUCAUUACAGGAAUUGACUCAGACUAACAAAGAAGUUCUUUGUGUGGGCAAUAAACAGUUUAAUCUUGGGUUUCCAAUCGUUGAUGAAAUAAUACGAUGUAUUAAAGAAAGCUGUGUUGGAAUUUUCUUUGUGACAACCAAUUCUUGUCAAAGUCAAUGGUGUGAAAUGGAACUUCGAGAAUUUUACGAAUUACACAAACCAAUUAUUCUUAUAUUUAAAGAAGAAAUCGAUAUUGGAACUAUGUCUCCAAUAAUGUUAAAUGUCUUUAGACAAUAUACCCGAGCUAAGAUUAAUAUUAUAGAUGGUCAGAUACAAAUGACACCGAAUUUAGACCAAUUAUCAAAUUCCAUUCUAUUGCUAGCGUCAUCUCAUUUUUGUAAAGGUAUUUUGUAACUAAAGAACUAUUUUUUCAAAGGAGAAAAGUGGUAGUAAUGUAAAGUAAUAUCUAAUUCUUUUUCUCUACAUGUGCUUCUAUGUUGAUUUUUCCUCUUUAUGUAAGUAUGAUAAUUUUGAUAAAAUACUGCUAUGUUAUCAAUAAACAUAAUAUUUGUUUCUAACAAUUUCAAUGUUUUUGGUGAGCGUGAGCGAGUACGUAUUGCUUAUACAUUGUAUUAGUUUUAUACAUUUGAUUGUCCUAUUUUGCGGCUUUUGUUUAAUGAUAAGUUGGUUUAAUUUAUUAAUAUAACCCCCUCUCCCCCGCUUAUAUGCCCUAUUUUCGAGUUCAACAUGUUUCUUCCAAUGAUCCUUCUUCUUCUUACUGAAAGUGCGAUUGAGCCAUCAUUCUUAUUGUAUUAUGGGCAUAAUAAGCAUUUACUUUCUUGAGAAAUUUAAAUAUUAACUGACCACAUAUAAAAAGGUUAUUGUUUUCUUUAAACGUACAUGUAUUGAAAAUAUCAAUAUGAAAUUUCACAGCUUUUACUAGCUCAUGAAUGAGAAACAUUUUUAUGAGUAUACUUUUUUAUGAUUAUACAGUUAUAGCCCCUUCCAGAUUUAAUUUUCCUCGAAUCAAACCUGGAAAAGAAUUAGAUAUAUCAUGCUGAAACCCCAUACCUUAACUAUCCCAUGAAGGAAGAAAAGGAUUAUCAUGAACAAUGAUUCUCUUUUACGUUAUUUUAGAAUUUGUUUAAGAGUACUAUUUCUUUGAUCUAAUGAGCUUAAUAUCAUAAAUGAAUGUGAUAAUUUGAGAAUUAAUAUAUUUUUAUUAUUGUUAUCCUUGUUUAUAUAAUAAUAAAUGAAAACAUCACGUAAAAAUAUAUAUCACAAAAUAAAAAUCAAUCGAAAUCUCUUUAGAAAAUAAAACAAAAUUUUUACGAUGAUUAAAUGUUUCUUAAACGUCUUGUUUUGAUAUUUUACAAUUUUCGGCAUGCUACUGUAACCAUAUAAUUUGUCUAGAUAGUAGUUAUCAAAUACAAAUUGUAGUCGUUGGUUUUCGAUUAAAGGUUAUCAUCUAA